UACUACCCACAAUGGCUGUGUUUCGCCGCCACAGUCAAAGACAGUAUGCUUUGGAAUGCCAGUUGCUGGAAACCGCAGGAGGGAGAGCUGCUGUUGUGCCCCGGUUCUGCUUGCAGGCUUCCCAUUUCGGCAUCUGGUUGGCCACUAGAUACUUCAUCAUCAUGCAGAGUGUCUUUUACCCUCACGAGAGGAUUGUUGAGCGGUAUGAUAUUAAAGGGUGUGAAGUUGGCCGCUGGUCAGACCCGGCCCCUAAAGGCAGCGAAAUCAUUGUGGUAUUUAAGGACCUAAACUUUGGAGAAAAGACCAUUUGCCUUGGUCAACAGCGUACCUGGAUGGUGAACCAAAUGGAGCUAGACACACAGUUCCUGAAGGACUUGGGCGUGAUAGACUACAGCCUCCUGGUGGGCGUGCAGCCCCUUCAUGAGGAUGAGCAGAUCCUGAGCCAUGCACUUACCAACAUAAUUGCCAGGACAAUGACGGACAACUGCGAGAGUGACCUUCAGAGAGGGCACCCCAGACGUGAAGAUUUGAAUCCUCGGUCUUUGAGCCACUCCUCCAGCGGGGACCAGUUUUACAAGCUGUCUCGAGAAAGCAGGUACACUGUCCAGAACGUCCUGACGUUGUACUUGGAAAAAAAAGGCAACCUAGAGAAGGACCCGGAGCGUUCCGCGAGAAGCGAGACCUUCCUUCGGGAUGUCCUGGCCCCGUACCUGUUGCAGGGGACCAGCUUCGAACAAACGACCCCGCCUUCCACUACCGUCACAGAGGACAGCGGGCAGUCCUCCACCCUCACCACCCUGGCAGAGUCGCUUUUGCACCUGGCCCAGAACAGGCGCUUCCUUCCUCACUCGCGGAACGCCUUGCAUGUGAUCGACGGGCCCGAUAACCGCUACUUUGUCGGCAUCGUCGACCUCUUCACAGUCUAUAGCUUCCGCAAGAAGCUGGAGCAUUUCUGGAAGGGCAUUCGGUACCCGGGCCAAAAUUUCUCCACAGUUGGCCCUGCCUGUUACGCCAGGAGGCUUUGUAAGUGGGUACAAGACCAUACCACAUGAAUGCAGCCGAUGGGGAAUGGUUGUGGGUGCCGAAGGAAACACCCUCGGGUCUUUCCCCAAAGUCUCGUCCCCUGUAUAGACUUGUGGAGAAAACAACAACAGAACAACAAACUGUAUACCAAGUGACUCCUCCGGGGCAUUGGCAGUUGCUGUGGCAACUUUGUGGCCCCCAGAGGGUAGGAUUUGCCAGGAAGUGAAAUUCCCCUGCAUCCUGGCAGCUGGGCUAUGUCAGUUGGGCCAGGAGAGACCAGACUUUCUGCAGGUGUGGUGUGUAUGGGUUGUGUUUUUUUUGAGGGGGCAGGCUGUGGUGAAGCUGAGACUUCUCUGCAAAAACUGGGAUUUAAAUCUGAAUCCUGGACGUUGUAAUCAGCAGUGCUGUGAUGAUAAUACAGAAAUUGAC